AACACAGUCGGCUGCCGUGAAAUAAAAAUAGAGAAGAAGAGAUCUCUAUUAACAAAUUAACUCACCAUGGAACUGCUUGUUUUCAGUGUUUUUCCGUUUAAUUGGAGUGCCUCUUUUAUUUAGAGGAGAAGUUUUGUAGUUUCAGUGAGACAGAGACGCCGCUCACGUCUUUGUCGUACAGUUACUACUAAAACUAGCUAAGUGUGGCUAGGUAGGUAGCUAGCUAGUUGGCUAACAGCAGCUACUCAAAUUUUCAGCACCGGCGUGAGAAGAUGGACUCAAAUGUCUUCACGGCCAUUUCCAAAGGUGACCUCUUACCUUUGGCGUCGCUGCGCCUCCUGGUCCCACCUUUCCAGCUCAUGGCAGCCUCCAUGAUGCAGGUUCUGAAGAAGCAAGAUGUCAUGAACUACUGGAAAGUGGCAGAGUUUGUCUCUUUGGUGACAGACAUGGUCCCAGAGCUUUUAAUGAAGAAGCACAGGACACAACUUAACCUGGGUUUAAGAGCCAGGUUUAUUCUUGAGUUGUGUCGAAGUGAACAGCUUGUGGAACCCGACUUCAUCUUGUCUCAUAUGGACCAGAUCAAGCAGCAACAGCCCACCCUGGUAGAUACGAAUGAAUCAGAAGAGGAGGAAGUUGUGGUUACCUUUCUUGAUCUGAUCCAGACUCUGCUUAAAGAUCCUGAAGAAAGACGAGACUUUUUCUCGGAUGUCUUCCCUGCUGAGUAUGGACCUCAGUAUGACAGUGACUUGCGGAUGCUGUUUUCUGAGUUCCUCUGUCGGCUUGCUCAGCUGUUGCCAGUUCCUGACCUUGAGCAGACUGUUUCCUGGCUUGGAGCCGAUUGCUCUGUGUUAGAGGAUUGUGUGCAUUCAGUAUCUGAGCCGACAGACCUGAAAAAUUUGCUCCAGCACCACAAAUGUCUCGGACAUCUAGAGCAACAUGUUCCACCUUCCAGCAUGGGCGAGAGCAUCCUUUCCUCCCUCUGUGCAGCUCGUCUUAUCCCUGUGGCAAAACCUUCAGAACAACCCGACCAAUCAGAUCCACUGCAAGGUCUCAGUGAUGACACGCACACUGUAUUUGUGGAUGAUGUUGCAGUUGAAAUAAUCACAGUGACAGAUUACACCGAGGUUGAAUUAGAUGGAAGUACGGGCAUAGAGGUGAUGGAAGAAAACUGCUUUGAAGGGACAGUGACUGCAGAUUCGCUGGUAGUGCUUUCUGAUGAGGCAGCUAAGGAAGAAGAAGUGGGUGAAGCAGAGGAAGAAACAACACAAGCUGUAAGUGGUUUGGCAAACAUCAUCCAGCCAGAGGUUACCAAAGUUGACUUUGCAUCCGCCCAACAAAAAGUCUCUUUGGGACCUCAUGACUGCCCAGACUGUGAGAAGAAAUUUAAGUUUGCCUCUUCGCUAAUCGCACACAGGGUCAUCCACACCGGUGAACGCCCACACCGGUGCAAUGACUGCGGUCGCUGCUUCUCUUUUAGGCAGUCUCUCGACAGGCACAGACACACGCACAAAGCAGGGCGCAAGUACAACUGCGCUGUCUGCAGGGAAACUUUCGACUCCUUGUCAGCCCGCACAGAGCACAAGCAAACACACAUGGAAGACGGUGUUUACACGUGUCAUCUGUGCAACAAGAAAUUCAACUGGGAGCUGGCACUUGCCAGACACUUAAAAACUCACACAGAUAAUCACAAUGCAAACAAGCCUGCAGAAAGUCAGAAGGAUUGGCAAGAGGUUGUUUUAGGUGAUGAGAAUGUCAGCGAGGCUCCUGUUGCACUUGCUGAACCGGACAGCCUGUUAAAGGCGGAAGAUAAUGGCGAUCGUGAUCCAGGGAACGCAGAGGUUCAGAGCUGCGAGUGUACCACCUCUGAGCUGGAAGGCACAGUACCUGAACUGAACAAUGAGGUCAUUUCCCUGGUGAGUGUCCGCACAAGUGGGCGCAAACGCAAACCGACCAUGAAGGUCCAGGUGAUAAAUUUACAGAAGCGCAUGGCCACUAAAAGAAGGAAGGAGAUCACUAAGGCCAACCCCCCAGAGCUGAAGCCGCUGGCUUUCAACUGUGCAGAACACUCUUACGGAUCACCCAUGGUGUCUUCAAAGGACAGUGAUGAAGGUUCUGUAGCAGAUGGCUCAUCAUCUUCCUUCUCCUGUCCUAAGUGCUCCUUUCACCACACAGAAGAAGCACAGGUCCAGCAGCACAUUGACAAGGUCCAUUCUGUGGAGACCGAGGAUUACGAGCUGUCCUCUCAGCCCCUCACUGAGGAAGAGGGACGUUUUAGUUGUCAAGACUGUGAAAAGAGCUUUAAGUUCCAAUCCUUACUCAAAGCCCACCAGCGCAUCCACACAGGUGAGCAGCCCUUCCUGUGUUCUCAGUGCGGACGGCGGUUCUCCUUCAAACAGUCCUUGGAGAGGCACAAGCAUACGCACAAGCCUGGGCGCAAGUUCGAGUGCUUGAUCUGCGGGGAGUUCUUCAAGUCCCUGGUGGCUCAGAGAGAGCACAAGAGCACCCACAUGGAGAACGGUGAGUACCUGUGUUCAGAGUGUGGCCGGGCAUUCGCCUGGAAGUCUGCACUGGUGAGACACCUGAAGACCCACAACGAGGAUGUUGACAAGGGGGAUCGCUCUUACAAAUGCCCUCACUGUGACCUGGGCUUCAGCUGUGCCAGCUACCUCAACAGGCACGUCCAGACUCACCAGGAAGAAAGAGUUCACACCUGCAACUGCGGCAAGAGCUUCGCCUACCGGGCAGCUCUCACCGCACAUCAGCGCAUCCAUCAAAAGGAGCGGCCGCACACAUGCACACAGUGCAGCAAGGGAUUCCUCUACAAGGGGGGUUUGCUGAGCCACAUGAAGAUCCACUCAGAGGAAAAGCCCUUCAUUUGCUCCUUCUGCGGUAAGAGCUUCAAGAGGGAACGUAACAUGAAGAAGCACGAGCGCUGCCACACCAGGGAGAAUGUUUUCAGCUGCUCGCAGUGCGACAAGAACUUUGUCUACAAGGCGACUUUGAUCCGACACGAGCUGACUCAUUCAGGCGAGAGGCCGUUCCUCUGCUCUGAUUGCGGGAAAGGCUUCUUUUCCCACGCCGAGCUUCUGAAGCACGAGCGUUUCCACACAGGCCACAAGCCCUUUCAGUGCCCCCACUGUGGCAAGAAAUUCACUCAGUCCUGCUACUUGACCAUCCACUUACGCUACCACACCGGAGUCCGGCCGUACUCCUGCAACGAGUGCGACAAGAGCUUCCUCAGUGCCAACCGCCUAAAGAGACACCAGCGAACUCAUUCAGGGGAAAAACCAUACCUCUGUGUAGAAUGUGGGAAGAGAUUCAGGCAGUCAUAUAACCUCAAAAUGCAUCAACGGACACAUAUAAUGAAGUUAAAAUAGUCAGACUUUAAAGGUAUACUAUGCAGGACCUUCCAAAAAUUCAAUGUAUUAUGGCUGUCCCAAAUGCGAACUUGUGAAGCAUAGGAUAGUGACGGAAAGACCCACCCUACACCCCCUAUGAUUGGCUAGCACUCAUUGCCUUCGUUGGUUGGAUUGGUUUGAUUUUGGGCAAAAUGAUGGGAUUGGUUAGGGUUAGGGUAAGAAUGUCAGGGUAAGCCAAUCAGAGGCAGAGUAUGGCGGGCCAUUCGUUCACUAUGCUAGGAUUAGCAUAUUUGCCUCCUGAAUACCAGUUUUGGGACACUGGAGCUUUGUUGUGAAAUAUUCGUGUUUAAUCAAAGCAUCUAUUGGCCACAAUAGCUAGAAAAAAAAGAAUACUUUGCAAGACGGCUAAGCUGUUACUCAGUUUUCAGAUGAUUUGCCAAGCUGAUUUUAGAACUGUGAUAUGCCGGUUUCUUUUGGUAUAUCUGAUACUUGACUUUUCUGUGGUCAUAUUUGCACAUUUUUUAAACUAUUCCAGCAGCUUGACUUUUUCAACAUCUUGUUAGCAUAACUGUAAGCCUGUCACCCAUGUUCAAACUGCUGUAGUCACCAAACUAGGCCUAUCACAAAGUUUAACUGUCUUUGUUUGAGAAUAACUGAAAAUAAAUAUUGAUGGUUAAUGAAUUA